AGUUCUAAAAAAAAAUUAAUAUGGAUAUUUGAUUGAAUUAAGAAAGCCAUUGUUUAUCACUGUUCAUCCUUGGAAGUUACAAAUCCAUGUCGAUAUGAUAAUUCAUUCUAGACUAAAUUGAGAAUAAUUUAUGAACGAUGGAAUUUAAUACGACAUAUCGGAUCUACUCUCUUGAGGUGCAGACGAAUACACCAACGAUUUGUCGUCCUUUAACAGAUAAGAUAAUGCGAGAAUAUUCUCUCACUGACGUGGACAACACGACACCGUUGCAGGACGGUGUAAACAUUCAGUCCGAAGUCGAAGCCGAGCUCCAAAUGGAAGAAACACGGCAAACGCGAACGGAGGUCAAUGAAUCAAAUGGAACUUCAACUCAAGGUCAAAAUCGCUCUAUUUUGUUGCGUCUUUCGCAGCGCUUACAAUUUUAUUUACUGUCGGACGGCGCAGGGAGCGAAGGAGCGUUCGUAGUUCGUGUUAUUUACGAGAUGACGAUCACAAGCCUCAGUACGCAUUUAAAACGUGUCUUGGCUGACAAUUCUUAUUCUGCGUUCAAACACUUGAAGCUCAAUAUGAAUAAAGAUCUUUUGUAUUUGAAGAUUAAGAUGGCGGCCUUGUCUUUGUCCCAUUCUUCAUAGCUUAUAGUGCAAUGGAGCUUAACUACUAUUUAUGGAGUUCAUGUCUGCACUCACUUCCAGGAUGGCUACUGCCCUACACAUUAUUACCCAUCCUUCUCUAAGGUUGAUAUUGACAAGGUCAGCAUCAAACCAAUUAAACAAAGACUCAUUCAUACAGGUAAACAUUACUAUUUUAAUUAAUCUAGCUUCUGAUUAUUUUUAUUUAUAUAUGAUGCAAGUUUUUUGGUCCAUAAUAUUUUAAACUUGCGUCAUUAUAUUUUAAAAGUCAGUGGACAAAAUUGCAAUAUAGAUGGAUAAAAAAAACUAUGAGACUAAAGAUCGAAUGUAAUGGUUCAAAUCCAUCGCUAGUAGAUAUUGUCUUCUUUGGGCUUUCCCUUUCGAGCUUUCCCUCAAGGUUUUUAAACUG